AUGUCAGAGCGGCUCCCACAAGAACUUCAGAUUGACAUCCUGGUAAGACUACCCGUGAAAUCACUUUUACGAUUCCAAUGUGUUUCCAAAUCGUGGAAAUCUUUGAUCCGUAGCACUGAUUUCAUAUCCAUGCACACCAAGCACAAUGAGAGCACCAACAAUUAUGCUCACUUAGUUCACGGGUGCUUAUAUUGGACAGGCAAGAAGGAGGAGAAAGACUUCAGAUGUAAAUUACAGCAGUUCGAUAAUUUCUUCUGUGAGUUUCAAAAAAUUGAAUUUCCAUCUCAGACUGAAGAUAUAUGUUUUGGAGAAGUCCUUGAGUGUAAGGGAUUGCUACUUUUGACCAAUCGAUCCGUAUUUGACGGUGAUCGUUUUGAACCCUUUAUUCUAUGGAACCCUGCAGCUAGAAUGAGUAUGGCUCUCCCUACACCUUGCAUUGAUAUACCCAACCACAACUACUAUACUCACGGGUUCGGUUUUGACGAUAAAAGCAAUGAUUACAAGGUGCUGAGAAUGGUGUAUGGACAUAAUGGUAGAACGAUGGCGGAACUGUUUAAACUCCGUACAGGCGCUUGGGAGAGUGUUAGUGCCAUCGACGACUUGCACUAUGUUAUACCUGAAACUGAAGAUACACGCCCUUUGCAGGCUUUCGUAAAUGGGGCUACCCAUUGGGUUGGAUAUCAUUCGAGAUUUAAGUGGAACGCCGGCUCUGAAGAAUUGGUGGCCCUGUUGUUUGAUAUGUCUGACGAGGAAUUCCGAGUGAUGAAGCUUCCGGAUGUUAUAACUAUACGAGAAUUCUAUUCUAUAUCUCUUGGGGUCUCUGGUGGAUUGCUCUCUGUGAUGCAUUAUAAUGGAGAACGUGGCAAUGGGAGUUAUAAUGGUUGUUGCAUUUGGUUGAUGAAAGAAUAUGGCGUAAUAGAGUCUUGGACUAAACAAUGCAAUAUUGAUUUAAGGAAUGGGGGAGGGUUGUGGCAGACAAUCAGUUUUAGGAACAAAAGAGUUUUGCUUCUAACUGUGAGCAAGAGAAAAAAGCUGGCCUUAUAUGAUCGCAAGACCAAUAGACUCCUUCAUCUUGUAAUUAGAAGUAGGAGCUGUUUGAAUAUUAUGAAUACAUACGUAGAAAGUCUAGUUUUACUCGAUCAAGUAAAUGCUGUGCCAGAGGCCCAGAGUACUAGACUUUUUCAAGGGGAAAGGAUGCGGCUCACAGAAUGGCUCGAAAAGGCUUAG